CUACUUUGCUCUAAUAGACGAACGAACGUCGGAUGCCCAGCGACCAAACAUAUCCCAAGUAGGCCAGGCGAGGGAAGCCGCCGUCAAACUAAUAUAAAUAGAUCCAGCGCCAUGAAUUCAUCUUCUAAAAGCUCUCUUCGUUUUAGUUAGUACUGAAGAUGGGAAAGAAGCCUGUUAAGUACUGUGUGGUUGACGCGUUCACUGACUCGCCGUUCAAGGGAAACCCAGCGGCGGUAUGUUUGUUGGAGGAGGAGGAGAGAGACGAGGAGUGGUUGCAAGCAGUUGCUAGUGAGUUCAACGUUUCCCAGACCGGUUACUUGACUCGGAUCACUGAGUCCGAGUCGGAGACUCAAGACUCAUCCAACUCAACUACAAGCCCUCGGUUCCACCUCCGAUGGUUCACUCCAGUUGCCGAGGUUAAACUUUGUGGUCAUGCAACCUUGGCAGCAGCACACUUUCUAUUCACUUCUGGUUUGGUAAAUUCUGAUAAAAUUGAGUUUCUGACACUAUCGGGAGUUUUGACUGCUAAAAGAGUUCCAGAAGCCCAAAAAACUGGCAAAUUGGAAGAUUGCUUUUUAAUUGAGUUGGAUUUUCCAGUAGUUCCACUUACUGAAUUUGACUCUGCUGAGGUUCCAUCAAUUUCUAAAGCAUUGAGCGAUGCUUCUGUGAUUGAAUUAAAGAAGACAACUACUGCAGAAGACCUCUUUGUGGUGCUCCCAUCGGGAAAGGCUGUUGCAGAUCUACAGCCCAAAUUUGAUGAAAUACAACGAUGUCCUGGAAGGGGAUUAAUUAUUACAGCGCUUGCUCCCACCGGAUCUGGGUUUGACUUUUUUAGCCGCUUCUUCUGUCCAAAAUUAGGGAUCAAAGAGGAUCCUGUUUGUGGGAGUGCACAUUGUGCCUUAGCAGCCUAUUGGUCUAAAAAGCUGGGGAAAUGUGAUCUUGUUGCAUAUCAGGCAUCACCUAGAGGUGGCAUUCUAAACCUCCAUUUAGACGAACAGAGUCAGAGAGUAUUACUUCGGGGGAAAGCCAUCACUGUAAUGGAAGGUUCUCUUUUGGUUUAAUUAGGAAUUACCCCAUCUUUGCAUGUAUUAAGUAAUUGAAAUAAAAGGCUGUUAAUGUGUGGAAGGCUUGGUUUGAGUUCUGAACGCUUCCAAGUUGACUUUACUCAUCGUACUAGACAUCUUCUUAAAAUUACAUUUGGCCCUAUUUGAAAUAAAUGUACCGGAUUAUUCCCUUUGUAUGUCUGCUAAGAAUUUCAUUCAGUAUAUAAUUCUGCUAUGGGAAUUCUUCUUAUUGUUA